UCCAGCGCCUCCUCCUGCACACACACACACACACACACACUGGUCGUGAGGAGAGACAGCAGCACCGGACCGAUGACGGAUAACGAGCGCGCGGCCCGGAGCCUGAGGCAGGUCCUCCUGAAGCCGGGGAACGGGCGCUGCUCGGACUGCGCCGCGGACAAUCCGGAAUGGGGCUCUUGUUCUUUGGGAGUCUUCAUCUGCCUGGCCUGCUCCGGAGUCCAUCGCAAUAUUCCCAGCAUCGGAAAAGUCAAAUCCCUCCGACUCGCACGCUGGGAGGAUUCAGAAGUUCAGUUCAUGUCUGAGCAUGGGAACGACACCAUGAAGGCCGUUUAUGAGGCUGCUGUUCCGGUUUACUACUACAAGCCCACACACAGAGACUGCCAGGUUCUGAAGGAGCAGUGGAUUCGGGCCAAGUACGAGAGGCAGGAGUUCAUCGAGGACGGCAAGAAGCCACACUAUGAGGACGAGCCGAGAGACGGCAUGCUGAUGAAGAGGGGGCGGGACAACGGACAGUUUCUCAGCAGGCGAUUCGUCCUGUCGUUGAGGGACGGCACACUAAAGUACUACACUAAACUAGACGCUAAAGAACCGAAGGCCGUUAUAAAAGUGGACACACUCAACGCCUGCUUCCAGCCCGACAAGAUCGGAAACCCCAACGGCCUGCAGAUCACCUACAUCAAGGACAACAUCACACGAAACAUCUUCGUCUACCACGACAGCAGCAGAGAGAUCGUGGACUGGUUUAACGCUCUCCGAGCCGCUCAGCUGCAUUAUCUGAAGGUUGCGUUCCCUGGAGCCACGGAUGCCGAGCUGAAGCCCAAACUCACACGCAACUUCCUGAAAGAGGGAUACAUGGAGAAAACGGGCCCGCGGCAAACAGAAGGCUUUAAGAAGCGCUGGUUCACCCUCGACCACCGACGCCUCAUGUACUUCAAAGAUCCUCUGGACGCGUUUGCUAAGGGCGAGGUGUUUCUGGGACACCGGGAUCAAGGGUACCGGGUCACGAUCGGACUCCCCGCCGGAACGCACUAUAACGGGACGUGGCAGUUCGGGGUCACUAUACAAACGCCCGAGCGCAGCUUCCUGUUCACCUGCGAGUCUGAUGUGGAGCAGAAGGAGUGGAUGAGCCAUUUCAAUGCGAUCCUGAACACUCCCAUGAGCCCACAGGAGUAUACAGUGGAGGCGUACUUCAAACACAAAUACUGAUGGACCGCUCGGCGCCUCUGACCUUUGACCUCUGCAGCGGAUCUUCUGAUAUCUGUUUUUACGUUUGUGUUGUUUGUACAUUGUACUAUGAUUCUGUCUGUGUAUUAGAUAGAUCAUAAUACCUUUUUUAGCUGUAUAUUUGCGUGUUCAUCCAGUUUGGUCCUAAAAGCUCCAUCUAGUGGUGAGAUUGAGUUAUUCAACAUCUGAAACCUUCAGUUUUGUUAUUUUACUGAAGUGAAUUCAGCUCACUUUGAUGUAAAAGCCAAUUAUCUGGUUCUGAACACACUUUUCUUCACAUAAUAAAGGAAUAG